AUGUCUGCUAUCGAGCCAGUCAUUGUCAUUGACGGUAAGGGACACCUCUUGGGCCGCCUGGCCAGCACUGUUGCUAAGCAGCUGCUCAACGGUCAGUUCUUCCGUGCGAAGCUCAAGUACCACGCCUACCUUCGCAAGAUGACUCGUUUCAACCCCACCCCGCAUCUUCUACAAGGCUGUCCGCGGCAUGAUUCCCCACAAGACCGCCCGUGGUGCCGCUGCUAUGGAGCACCUGAAGGUUUUCGAGGGUGUUCCUCCCCCCUACGACAAGAAGAAGCGUGGAAAGACCAGGGAGGAGACCUACUCCUUGGCAAAGCACGCGGUGUCCGAAGGCACCAAGGCUACCACGAAGUACUCGUCGUCUGCGUCUGCGUUUGCUUACUCCUGAUCUCGCUUCUGAGUUCGCUUAUUUCUGUACUCGCUUAUUAA